AUGAGUCGACAAGAGGUCUUUGGAGGGGGUGAUGAAGAUGACACCACCACCACUGCCAUAGAAACGACAAAGCUCUAUUCAUUACAUCGGAUCAAACUGUUCAAACUGUUUGCUUCCUUCAACACUUUAUUUACAGCCAUUGUCAUUAUUUACAUGAUCAUUGUGUUUAUCAUUCUCGGAAUUGAAUUGCAAGGAACUCCUACCAGUGGUUCCGUGUAUUCGGUGCUCACAUGGACCUCGUAUCUCUCCUAUGUAUUGGAAGCCAUUGAAAGUUGUUGUUUGGUUACUUGCAUCAUGGGAUUAAUUGCUUCCUUCACGAGACCUUCCGCUGUUUAUAAUCGGUUCUUAAUCUUUCCAUACAUGUUGGGUUGUUUCAUCAAAUUAUUAAUGGAAUGGGGUUUGAUCUUGUCCACUUCAGGAGCGCUGGCUGCCCUCGCUGGUCAUGGAGCAGUGUUGUAUGUGGCCAUUGUGGUGGCUAUCAUAGAUGCUGUUUGGAAUUUGUUGGCCUUGAUUUUCAGUGUUGUUCACGCAGUGUUUUUGUUUGGCGUUCGUAGAAAUAUGAAACUAGUGAGUGGAAAGAAGAAAACAUCAAGAGAGGAUAAAGAUUAA